AUGCCAGGAAGCAUGGCCAAUAUGGUUGGGUCGCCCAUAACGCGAACUGCCACUUCCACAUAUACCGGCUCAACAAUUUCGCUUCCUCUAGCUCGUGAACGAUCAAACCAGACAGACGGCAUGGGUGGUGUCGCCGUCAUCAAAGAAGGCUGGGCACAGGUCAAAGAGAGUCGUAAUUUCAUCCAGCCAUGGAAGCAGAAAUACUUAAUACUGCGAAAGGAACACCUCGAUUUUCACAAGACGGAAGGCGGCAAGGUAUCCUAUACUCUAUAUCUCAAAGAUGUAGUCAAUGUUGGUAGAGUCGAAGCUGCAGGUACUAUUUUCGAGAUCAAGAGACACACCAAUGGGUCCUCCAAUAGUCCCGGUGACGAUGAUAAUUCUAUCCGCACCUUACAUAUUAGAGUCAAGUCAGACGACGACCUUUAUGACUGGAUCGAUCUCCUUUAUGGUCGGUGUCCCACCAUGGGUGGUGUGAGCAAUCCUACCAACUUCUCACAUGCUGUUCACGUUGGUUUCGAUCCGCAAACGGGACAAUUUGUAGGAUUACCGCCGGAGUGGUCCAAACUACUGAACUCUUCUGCUAUUACGAAAGAGGAUUAUGAACGGAACCCUCAAGCUGUAUUUGAGGUUCUAGAUUUCUAUUCCGACCUAACCAAGCGAGCAGAGAACCCCCAGCAAUAUUCUAGUCUAACACCGACCCCUCCUCCAGGUAGCCAGGGGAACAAGCAGCUCGGAUACAAUGCUGGUGGCGCUUCUGUUGCUCCCCCAAGACCAGUUCCGCCGCAGCAAAAGAGCAGCUAUGGUAACAUGCCUAUACAGCAGCAGACCCCUCCUCCACGACCACCACCACCCGAGAACCCUGCCCAGCAGCGGCAGCAAAUGCAAGGCAUGGCGCCCAACUACGUUCCGCCAGAUCCAGCUCGGGAAGAGCAACGUAUGAGGCUAGAACGGCAGCGGGAAAUUGAAGAGCAGAAUAGGCGAGAUCUAGAGGCUUAUAACGCCUCGAUUCCACAGAAGAAAACGCCCUUAGCCAAACAGGAGAUUGGUGGAUAUGGCGGGUCGUCGCCAUCAGAGCGAUAUAAUCCGUCACGGGCACCACCUCCAGCACCGAAGCCUGCAAAUCAGAUGAAUGGUCUGCGUGAAAAACAACGACCUGCACCGCCACCGCCCACCACAUCAUCCUCUAGACCACCAAUGACACAACAACCUGGUAUGAGCUCCACGUCAAUACCCCGCGAUCCUCAAGGUGCUCAGGGCGCACAACGUAUGCCACCUCGAGCCGAUCAAUCAUCUCCCACGUCAAGAUAUCCCAAUGGUAGCAACACAAAUGGAUCGUCUCAGCCCCGUACAAAUGGCCAAAACCAAUCUCCUUCCCGUCUGCCUGGUCCUUCCGUCAAACCAUUGAAUGUUCCAGCCAAACCAAGUCAGCCUCAACAGAGCGAUGGUGUCAAGGCUGCAGAAGCGGCUCUUACUGCCAAGCCUCCUCCAGAGAGAAAGCAAGACGUCCGCAUGUCAACAAUGUCUGAAAAGGAAGUUAUGGCUAAACUAAUAGAAGCCGUAUCAAAAGAUGACCCAAAUAUGUCGUAUUCAAAACAAAAGAAAAUUGGCCAAGGAGCUUCUGGUUCAGUUUAUGUAGCAAAAGUCAAAGAAGGUGCUAUCUCACCAGUUGCCCGAGAAGUCUUGCGCACUGCCGGAUCGCGAGCUCAAGUGGCCAUCAAACAGAUGGAUCUCGCACACCAGCCUCGCAAGGAACUAAUUGUCAAUGAAAUCAUGGUUAUGAAAGAUAGCAAGCAUCGAAAUAUCGUCAACUUUUUGGAUGCAUUUCUUCGUAACAACAAUUCCGAGUUGUGGGUUGUUAUGGAGUACAUGGAGGGUGGUGCUUUGACUGACGUUAUUGAUAACAAUCCCGUCAUCACGGAGGAACAAAUCUCCACAAUCUGUCUCGAGACAUGCCGAGGAUUGCAGCAUCUUCACUCUCAAAAUAUCAUCCACCGUGACAUCAAGAGCGACAACGUUCUGUUAGACGCUCGCGGCAAUGUCAAGAUUACCGAUUUCGGAUUCUGCGCCAAGCUUACAGAGACUAAAUCGAAGCGAGCCACUAUGGUUGGCACGCCUUACUGGAUGGCUCCUGAAGUCGUCAAGCAGAAAGAGUACGGCCCCAAGGUAGACAUUUGGUCCUUGGGUAUCAUGGCAAUCGAGAUGAUCGAGUCUGAGCCACCCUACCUUAAUGAAGAACCCCUCAAGGCUCUCUAUCUUAUCGCAACUAAUGGCACGCCACGCCUCAAGAAGCCAGAGAAGCUUAGCAAGGAGCUGAAAGCUUUCCUGUCCGUCUGUCUGUGUGUCGAUGUCAAGAGCCGUGCUUCUGCGGACGAGCUUCUUCAACACGAUUUCCUGAAGCAUGGGUGCCCAUUACCAAGUCUCUCCGAGCUACUCGCCUUCCGCAAACACGCCAAAUAG